CUUCAUCCUUUCCUUCUCUCCUCUCCUAAACCCUAACAAUAUAACCAAACCUCCUCCUCCCCAAGAACUUCGACCAAGUUAUAAUUCAAUGGCCACCUUUUGGGCUUUGCUUAAGCACCUCCACUCGCUUGCAGGGCCUGCAAUUACUCUUCUCUUCCCCUUAUAUUCUUCGAUAUGCGCCAUCGAAAACAAGUCCAACCGUGAGGAAGAUGAACAAUGGUUGGCCUAUUGGAUCCUUUACUCCUUCUUGACACUCUUCGAGAUGGUAGCUGAACCAAUUCUGUACUGGAUACCCUUUUGGCACACGGUGAAGAUGGUGUUUGUGGCUUGGUUGGUGCUCCCGCAAUUAAGGGGUGCAUCCUUUGUUUACGAGGAGCUCGUGAAGGGUAAGCUCAAAAAGUAUUUCCGUAACUUGGGCUCCGACCGUCUCCAUGAACAAAAGGCGGAAGACUAGAACUGAAGUCUAGAAGAAAGGAAUCGAAGGACACGAAGAUGAUUAAUUAUCUUAAUGUCACGAAAUAAAGUUGUAAAUUAGACUCUUUAUGUUCAUGAGAAGAGGAACAGGAAUACCAAAGAGUUUGGUUUGAGAUGUUUAGCAAUCAAUGUGAUCAAUUAGUUUAGUGUUGUAAGUGACGGAGUAGUCCUAAUUUGUUCAGUUUGGUGAGAAUUCAAAGUACUAGGUCACUAACUCGUUAAAUUAAAUAAAUAAAUAAAUUUAAAUUUCUAUA